AAACGCACGCCAAAUGUGUCCCCUUACCUGUUUUGUGAACGCUAGAAUGCACAUGAUAUCCAUUGAUUAUGUAAACAAAUACCCGUCCGGAUUUCGACCUUUCGGACGCUGACCUUUACAAAGCUCAAAAUGGCUGCCGCACAGUUGGUUACGUCUUUAGUUGGCGAGAACGUGAUCUUACAGACGGCUCUGGUCCUCUUACUGGUGUUCGUGGCGACGUCAUGGUUCUUCAGCACACCUAAGAACCUUCCACCCGGCCCAAGAGGAUGGCCUGUCGUCGGUAAUGUCUUCUCUCUCGCAAUGGGCCACCGCUUUCUGACGAUGACCGAAUGGGCAAAGAUGUACGGACCUGUCUACACAAUAAAGCUGGGGAGGGAAACAACGGUUAUACUCUCCGGAUAUGACGUCAUGCACGAGGCACUGGUGAAGAGAGGAGAAGAUUUUUCAACCAGACCAACGGAUCCCUUGACUAAGCUUCUCAACCCCCAGAGGCUAGGUAUCAUCGCCGCUCCUUUCGGAACUCCGUGGAAGGAACACCGGAAGUUCACUCUGAUGUCUCUGAGAGAGUUCGGCUUCGGGAAGAGGAGCAUGGAGGGAAAGAUCCUGGAGGAGUCAGUCGCUCUUCAGGCAGAGAUCAUAAAGAUGGGGAACAAACCGUUCGACAUUAGCCGUAUGGUCCAGAAUGCCGUCACUAACGUGAUCUGUUCUAUUGUGUUCGGAUCCAGGUUCGAAUAUAACGACGACAAGUUCACACGCUUGAUGGACGUUCUUGACCGAGCAUUUUCCUUAAACGUUUUUGGCCAAAUUGCCGUAUUUUUCCCAUUUUUGCGACGUGUUCCAGGAAUGGGAAAAGGCCCACAAGUUUUGAUAGACCUCGUAGGCACCAUCAGAGCCUACCUCCGAGAGGAGAUGGACUCCCACAAGAAGACGUUCGAUUCCAAUGACAUCCGGGACCUCAUCGACUCGUACGUCAGGGAAACCAAAUCUCGCGAGAACGACGAAGAGACCACGUUCACUGACGAGUACACAGAGAGGGUGCUCUUUGACUUGUUCAUCGCCGGGGCAGAAACCACCUCCACUACCCUGUAUUGGGCGUUUCUGUACAUGAUUCUCAACCCUGACAUCCAAACAAAGGUUCAAGAGGAGAUCCACUCCGUGCUCGGACACGACAAGCCGCCGUCUACCGCCCACCGUGCCCAGAUGCCAUACACUGAGGCCGUCCUGACCGAGGUGGCUCGCAUCGGCACCAUCCUGCCGACAGGCGUCACUCACGCCACAUCACGUGACACCAGUUUCCAUGGAUACGACAUUCCCGAAGGCACUUUGGUUCUGCCCAACCUGUGGUCCGUCCACCACGACCCAGAACAUUUCCCGAACCCCGGAAUGUUCGACCCUGGCCGCUUCUUGGACGCUCAGGGGCAGUACCAGAGGGACGACCACGUCAUGCCGUUUGGUAUUGGCCCACGCAUUUGCCUUGGGAAGCAGCUGGCAGAGAUGGAGCUCUUCGUGUUCUUCACGUCCCUGCUGCAGCACUUCACCUUCAAACUGCCAGAGGGCGCUGCCAAGCCUACCACCACAGGGAUGAACGGUCUCACCCAUUCGCCUAAGAAUUUUGACCUCGUCGCUGAGCCACUGGCUUAGUGUCGCUGUCUCAAAAUGUUAAAUACACAGUUUGAUAAAUAUACAUAAUUUUUCUUAUAUAACAAGCUAGCACGUCGCUGACAUGGGAAAUUCUAUCAAUAUGUACUAAUUGCUGCAAAUCAAAACGGCAAAAACACAAAGACUUUCACUUUGUUUAUCUCCAAGCAGAUCCUACGGUGCCUUAGAAAUAGUAUCAAAGCUGGCCAGGGACUUAGUAUAGC